UGAAUAUUCAUAAUCUACAUGUGGGAGUUGCCUUUGCUGAAGCUUUGUGUUGUUUUCAGUUUAAUUAAAGAAGCUCAGUACGUACGUACAGUUACGCUUCUACAGUAGAUAGAUCUAUACACAUACACCAGCUCAAGCUAUGGAGACUGAGGCAGAGAUAUGGAGUGUUGAGGAAUGGCUGAAACGCAUCGGGAUGACCGACUAUACAGAAGGCUUUGUGGACAACGGCUACGAGACGGUGGAGCUAGUCGCCAAGAUGAAAGCUGAAGAUUUGGACGCAGUGGGGGUCAAGAGCAAGAAGGAUCGAGGGAUACUGUUCAUGCAAGCUAGAAUGCUUCUUGAAGAGACUACUGGAAUCAGACUCCCACCAAGUCCUAGACCGUCCCGGCCCCCAGCACCAGCUCCUGUGAUCACCUUGUUAAUGUCUGGAAGCGUCUCUCCGACUACCCCUAGCAACACGUCAGACUAUAGCGAGCCUUGGGACAACAACUCUCGAACCCCCCAGGUCCCCCUCCAGUCACCCCUCCAGUCACCACUGGGAACUGCAGAAUACUCAGAGCCUUGGAAUGCGACAACCCCCAAGUCUAACGGCUCUAUAAAAACUAUAGAGACUACAGACAGUGGUUCUGUUGACAUCAAACCUCCGCCCUUACCCCCACCGAACAAAGGAGUAGGUAGCACAAAGGGAAAGAAACCUCCACCCAGUCCUGGGAUCAAGCUGCCAGAGUAUAAGAGGGAGGACGGAGAGAAAGGCUUCACGAAGCUACAGCUCAAACUGAAGAUAAGAGACGAGCUCCAGAAGGAUAGUCUUGUGUUGUCAGAGUUCCCAUUCUGUAGCGACACCGGUGGUCUCAACGAGGAGCAGCUGGUGAGUCUAGCCGAGGACUAUGCCAGCCGAUUCAAAGUGGAGUCCUUGGGAGUGUACGACGCCCUCAAGGAUGUGUGGAGGCACCAAAACAACACGUCUGAUUUUGCAACUCCUUCAAAUAUACUGAAAGGUGGACCCUCUGACAAUUAUGAUGAGCCAUUUGACUCCCAGGUAGUUCCCACCACUACCGUUGUUAAGUUGACAGCUGGGUCUGCUUCACCCAAAGAGAAGAACGCCACAAAGAGCCACGCCCUCUCACCCACCACCACUCAGCCCACAUAUGAAGAGCCAUUUGACACAGUCAAGACACCUAAGAGCUCUCCUCAGGUUGUCAAAACACCAAGACUUGAUCUACCAAGUGCUCAAAGCAAAACUCUACCAAGUCCUAAGAUACAGAAAAAAUCUGCUGAUUCAGAAGACAAGACUAAGGACUCAGGGGGAAAGGGACUGGGUCGUCUGUUUAGACGCAAGGAGAAAGCACGCGCACGCUCUGUCAAAGAUGAGCUCACUAAAGUCUUUGAGGAUGAGCCAGGAAAGAAGGGGAAGAAACAAGCUCGGAUCAUCUUCCCGGACAAAUCAAAGAGUGUUAAGAGCAAAAGAAAGCGAUCGUCUACUGACCAUGGCAAGGAAGAGGAGGAAGACACACUGGGGGACAUGGCCGUGGUACCCAGAGGAGGGCGCAGUGGCUCCAAGGGAGUACGGGCCUCAGUGGCCGGCUACCCUGUUCAUAAUGGAAUCUCUGGUGCCUCACCGAAGCACCGCCGCUCAUUCGAUAGUGGAUCCUCUGGUCCCUCGGAAAGUGAUGAGAGCCCUCAGCAGAGAAAAAAGUAUGGUGGAAGGAUAUUUCAGAAGUUUAAAACUCCACCCACUCUGACACAUAAUCAGCCACUGAAGCUACCUGUGUCUAGUGACAGUGAUGAUGACAAGACACCUCCCGCCCUCAGGAGACUCAAGCAAAUCAGUAGCAAGAGAAUGUCUGGAUCUGAUCUAGAGCUUGAUGUGUCUGACGAUGACUCAAAGGGCUGGAUGCAGGCCUCCAAGAGCUAUGACAACCUCACCGCGGCACUGAGGGAUAGUAAGAAGCCUGAGAAGAAAGGGCUUCUCUCUCGAUUACGGAAUCUUCGAAAAACUUAUGCUCGAAAAAGUUCAAAAGAUAAACACAAAGGUUCUGACUCUGGAGCUGAUACGAGUGGGGCUGAGAUUGCUCGAGUCAACAGUCUGACCGCCUCCAUGAGCAUGCCAGACAUAGCAUCUCUCUCGAUCUUGGACAGGCAACCGUCCAUUCCUGAAGACAUUCCUGUUAUCAAGAGAAGCCCUGCAAAACCGAGCCGCUCCUUCAAACGCUCACCGCUGUCCUCUCAAAGCCACACCCCUCAACACACCCCACCAGAACAACGUACAAUGCCUGUACUCGCUAGCAGUGUACCCACUGAAAGUAGCCACUUCUCUAGCGGCUCAUGUACACCUGAUAUUCCCAUGGUCCGCACCAGAUCCUCCGGUUCGGCAAAGAGUUUGGACAAACCCCCUCCACCUCCUAAACCUUCCACGCUGACUAGAAAACCCAAACCAACUGGGAAAACCUCUCCCAAAGGUGCUGCCCCUCAGAUGGUCACCACAGUGAACGCUGAUAACCCUUCUAAAAACAACAAAGGAAGCUCCACCUCUUUAGAGGCAGCAAAUGCCAAGACAAACGAUGAAGCCAUGUCCAAGGCAGGGCCACCCAAACCAAUGAGGAAGAGUAUCAAACGUGAGGGAGUUACCGAAAAGGUACGAAAAGAGCUGGAGGACAAAUCAAGUAGGGCUGGCAAUGUACCUCCUUCACCAAAAGAAGAGAAGGUUGUACCAACCAAGACGGACGACACCUCUUUGUUAAAAGGCUUAUCUGACAACCACACCCCUUCUGGUACCCCUUCUGUCACACCUCCCCCUCCGAAACCAUCACGUAACUAUAAGAGUGUCAAAAUUCUCACACGUCCCCCUGACAAACCUGCUCUAUCAGUUAAGCCUGUUGUUGAGAAGAAUACGGACGGUGGCGAGAAUAUCAAACCAAGUGAACUACUUAGAAGGAGCCACUCUCCAGCAGCGGACUCCCCUGACCACACCCCCUCGUUAAGCCAGAGCGCAGGGAACAGUCAGGAAGAUGGACCACCACCCAAGACAAGAAAAACUGUGUACAGUUCAAAGAAACCAUCUCCUCCAAGCAAGCCCAGCAAGCCACCUCGGAAAUCUAUCAAACUCAAAACUGCAAACUGAUGUCUAUGUAUGUAUAAUUAUAUGUCCUCAUGUGACUUUAGCCCCGAUCUUAUAACAUGACUGACUGUAAUGCAUUGUUCAUUGUUUCCGUCUAUUUUUUUAUCUUCAUUUAUGUUCAUACAGUACGUGUUGUGUUAAUUGCACUGUAUGCAUUAGGUUUGUCACUGUUUGAUGAUAAUUAUGAUGAUGUUA